UUAGCUAGCCUUUUCUCACAUGAUGAUUAAGUUCUAGAUUUCACAAUUCAUGCAGUUUGCUAUUACUUAUUGGAGCAUAACCUUGUACUUUUCGGCAUUUGAAAAGGUUGAUUUGGAGAACACCCUUGUUGAUGAGAGCCAAAGACUGUCAAAAGAGUAUGGAUCUGCUUCUAGAUCAAGGAAUGAGAAAUAUAGUGAAGGAAGUGCUAGCGAAUCUGAUGAUGAUAACGAAAGGCAUGAUGCUGCUGAAGAGGAGACUGAUGAUGAAGACAAUGCAUAUUUCGAUACAAGAGAUUUUCUCUCGUCAAGUUCUUUCAAAAGCAGUGGAUCCGAUUUUCAUAGAUCGGAAAAUGGUUCUGAUGAGGAAGAAUUUCAUCCUGAUGAUGGGAUUGAUCCCUCAAUGAAGUCAGUUGGGACUAGUUAUCCUUAUGUAAGAAGGCGUAAAAAGCUGCCAAAUCCGGUUGAGAAAGAGAAGGGAGUAAGUCUCUGGUCAAUGAUUAAGGAUAAUAUAGGAAAAGAUCUCACCAGAGUUUGUCUCCCUGUGUACUUCAACGAACCACUCUCAUCUUUACAAAAAUGUUUCGAAGAUCUUGAAUAUUCCUACCUUCUUGACCAUGCAUAUGAAUGGGGAAGAAAAGGAAAUAAUCUUAUGCGGAUCCUUUGUGUUGCUGCAUUUGCUGUUUCUGGAUAUGCAUCAACUGAUGGCAGAAGCUGCAAGCCUUUCAAUCCACUUCUUGGGGAGACAUAUGAAGCAGAUUAUCCGGACAAAGGCCUUCGCUUUUUCUCAGAAAAGGUGAGCCAUCACCCAAUGAUUGUUGCGUGCCACUGUGAGGGCAUCGGUUGGAAGUUCUGGGGAGAUAGUAACCUAAAGAGCAAGUUUUGGGGCCGUUCAAUUCAGCUUGACCCUCUAGGCAUCCUGACACUUGAGUUUGAUGAUGGCGAAGUUUUUCAAUGGAGCAAGGUGACAACCUCCAUUUACAACCUCAUAUUGGGUAAGCUUUAUUGUGAUCAUUAUGGUACUAUGCGCAUACAAGGAAAUCGUGAAUACUCAUGUAAGCUCAAGUUCAAGGAGCAGUCAAUAAUUGAUCGCAACCCGCAUCAGGUUCAAGGCGUAGUUCAAGAUCGUAAUGGUAAAACAGUGGCUACACUCUUUGGUAAAUGGGACGAGAGCAUGCAUUAUGUGAAUGGAGAUUGCUUUGGAAAGGGGAAGGGGUCCGAUUCAUUCUCUGAGGCUGGCUUGCUCUGGAAACGCAGUAAACCAUCCAAGUGUCCCACUCGCUACAAUCUUACGCGUUUCGCCAUUACAUUGAAUGAGCUCACUCCUGGAUUAAAGGAAAAGCUGCCACCCACGGAUUCAAGACUCCGGCCUGAUCAGAGGUGCCUGGAGAAUGGUGAGUAUGAAAGGGCAAAUGCUGAGAAGUUGAGACUCGAACAGAGACAGAGACAGGCGCGGAAUAUGCAGGAAAGGGGAUGGAAGCCUCGCUGGUUUGCAAAAGAUAAAGGAAGCGACACAUACCGCUACAUUGGCGGUUACUGGGAAGAUCGGGAAAAGGGCCAGUGGGACGGUUGCCCUGACAUAUUCGGCCAAAUUCCCACUGAUCCCUUGUUAACUGACUAGUGGUGGUUUGCAAACUUAGAUCAUCAUGUCUCUAGGUCUUUUCUUUUCUGUCCUUUUUUUUUAUUAGGAUUAUCUAGCUUUACUUGUUUUCUCUCUUUCUCUGAUGCUCGCCAUUUUCGAGCAACCAAAGUGCCUUCUAUGCUUGUAAACAAAGAAGAUAGUAUUUCUCAAAUGUUAUUAUUCUCUUAUACAAAAUAAUAGAAAGAGUUCUCAUUCCAAACGCAGCA